CUCGCUCGCGUCAAAAACUCGUACGAAGCGACGAAAUGCGAGUGAAAUGCGUCGCGACGCAUUACGACUUCGCGCCGUCCCGUCCAACCGAUCGUAGUAUAGUAGCGACACGUAGCGACAUUACUCAGCGGCGUGAAGCCCAAUAUGGCCGCUGCGCAGGUGCAUGUUUUCCGAAUUUUGCGAUGAGGAAUGUUUUUAACUUUGAGAUGACGCGUUUCUAACCUCCAAACAUGACGCGAAAACAGUUCUAUGUGAUUUGACAGGAAUAUCCACACUUGCGUUCGGUUAAUCCGAUUACGAACAAACUAUGGAUGGACAAAUCCAUUCGGAAUUAAUUAUGAAGGAGGAGCAGGACGAGGAUGAGAUAAAGGAGGGCCGGUGCUCCGCUGAGAGCGAGAAGAGCGUCACCCCGGACGGGUCGGCGAUCGGGAUACGGCCGAAGCCUCUGAUCUGCAAGCCGGAGAACGUGAGCUGCAAGUCCGAGCCGAUCGAGACGAAAUGGGCACCAGGACACUUUGCGCUAGGAGCGUGGCAAGAUGCGACCAGGACCAGCGCGUUUCAACCGUACAAGCCACCCACCCUGCUCACGAAUCUGCAAAGAGGUAACACUCAGACGCAGAUACAUCAACUUUACAUCGGCAAUGAUAUCACGUUUCAUACCUUGGCAGGUCAGGGGGAACUUACGUCUGAUCACAUACAUUCAAGUUCAGUGGAUAAGACUGAUGAAAAUGGUCUAACAGGAUUGAUGUGGGCCAGUGCUUACGGACAAUUAGGUAGUGCUAGACAAUUGCUCAAAAGGGGCGCCAGUAUAAAUCGUUGCGGAUCAAAAUUACAAACUAGUCUACACUUGGCGGCUGCUUAUGGUCAUCACGAUGUUGUCAAAUUGUUGUUGAGUCAUGGUGCUGACCCUAAUGCACGUGACAAGGAUGGUAAUACUCCAUUAAUAUAUGGAGCACAAUGCGAUCAUCCACAUGUGUGCUAUGAAUUGUUAACAAAGGGUGCAGAAGUAACGCUUAAAAAUUCUUCAAAUAUAAGUGCAUAUAAAGCAGCAAUCAUGAAUAAUUCAAUGAAUGCUAAGGCAGUUAUUGAAAAUUAUUUAAUAUCACGAAUUAUAAUAACUUAAUGUAUGAAUUAUAGCGAUAUUUGUACAUAAUUAAAUAUUUAUUAAUUUACAGCUAAAGCAGUUAUUGAAAAUCAUUUGAUACCACAAAUUAUAAAUAACAUAAUGGAUGAAUUA